AUGGAAUAUCAUAGUUCUGGAAACAUCUAAGGCAAUAAAUUUUAUGUUUAGAUAAACUAUCAAUUUUUUUUACUUUGGAUCGCUGCAUAAAAUGAAAGAUUUUAACAACAAACUUAAGCAUAAGAAGAAUAUUAAGCCUGCAGAAAAAGUGCUUAAAAUACUUCUCAAAUUAUCGAUUUGAUAACUGUGAAGCUAUAAAAUCACUUUAAAUAUCAAAUCCCAUGA